UUUGACAUUUCACAAUUUACAUUUUCGUGUUUUGAAUAGAAUUCAGUUUUGAAUUUAAAAUAUUUUGCAUGGACAUUGAAAAGUUGGAUGUUGUUGGGAGUUUCGUAUAGUUAAUUCCAUGCCGUUUGAGUUUCGGCUGCCUAGAAUAAUGUUUAUAACCUACACUGGCCACAGGGGAAACUGAGCAGUAUUAUCGAUGAUACUUUUUAGUCAUUGCCAAAAACAUGGAAGCGGAUUCCACUACCUACGAAAGUAAUCCAAAAUCUCAGAACAAUGAAAUUUAUUUACCAUUCAGCACGAGUCCAGGCAACCUAAAUCUGUUAAAAGAGUUUAUAUCUAAUGAAGGCGGUCGAAAUUUGGAAAGUCAAUUAGUUGGAAGACUACAGUCAUUUGGAUUAUUGCCUACAAAUAUUACAUGUCCUACGAAUGGAUCAGACUGUAAGGUCAUAUGUAAAUCAGCUCGAGUUAUAGAUAGGGUCCAAUGGGUAUGCGAAGGGUGCAGUAAAAGGCUACCAAUCAGAACAGGAUCAUUCUUCUUCAAGUUACAAUGUUCAAUACUUCAAACUCUGCAGUUGAUACUGGCAUGGUGUGAAGAUACUGAUACUAUGGCUGCUGCUCAGUAUUUUGAUGUGAAGCCCAGAGUUGCCAUUUCAAUAUAUGACAAGCUGGAUUCACUAGCUAUAAAUGAACUGAAGAAAAGUAAGCUUGGUGGCGAGAAUGCUGUUGUCCUCAGUGAGAUAUACCCUGACUGCUUGAACAGGCUUUCACCAGAUACCACAGAUCAGCCACAUGUUCAUAGGAUAUUGAUGAUUGCUGACACUAAGCACAUCCCUACACAUUACAGACUUCAUGUAAUUCAAGAUGAUCUUAAGAAGCCUCAAAGCAACUAUGAUCAGUCUCUCAGCAAGGAAAUAGAGCAAGUUUUAAGUACUGAGACAGAAGCCCAGUCGAUGUUGGUAAUGGGCAACAAUGUGCCCAUAGACGGAACAGUUCCACUUCAGCAGCUGACGCAACACUGUGACACUGAUAUGCAGCAUUUCUUGACGUCACGAAUUUGGAGCCAAGCUCUGACCCUAUGCUCGGCGUCGCGCGACUUCUGCGCAGGAACACCGACGCACGUGUGUGCGAACACUGUGCAGAAAUACCUCGACACCUCGCUGUACAGGCUGCGGUAUGGAGACGGAUUCUACGACCAUAUACUCAGGAUCAUCUCUAAUGAAUUCACACAGAAUGGGUUGACAUCGUAAUGGCCGACCUCCCUGACUAGGGUCGCCAGGUCGCCAAACCUAAUAGCAGGACAGGCCAGCCGGUUUAGCCGGACAUAUCAUAUUUUAAAUAAGAUUUAAACUAAAAAGUAACAGAAAAAAAGUG